UUUUAUUACCGCUGACGUCCCUCUGCCUCCCUCUUUCUCCUCUCAAUGUGUUUUUCGGAGGAAGAAUCCAGUUUUUCUUACGCCUUCUUCGCAGGAAAAAUAACUGUAAUGUUUCCGGGGAGCCGCUGCUGCUGCUCACCUGGGCGACUUUUCAUUCACCGCGAAAGCCGUUGGAACCAAACCGACUGAGAGGAGCUAAGGGCGGACCAGGCUGGGAGGAAGAGCCGGAGACUUGACUGGGAGGCUGCACAUCCGCCACUGCCUUUAAUCCAACCGCAGUUUGCCAUUGAUUUGUCUCCUUGGCUCCGGACAUAUCUCGGUGUCUAGAAAUGCGGUCUCAGACGGUUCCUGGUUGUUUUUCCGCGACUAUUUCAUCGUGGGAGCCUCCGCUUUGACACACAGAAAAAUCAAUUUAGCUAGCUAACAGGAAAACUCCCCCUUUUUCUGAACUCCGCGGUGGUCGCAUAGCUUUCUCCUUUUUUACCUCCAUCAGUUGCCUCAAUGGUUAUUUUCUUUUGUUUUUCACCACAAGACGGCUGAAAGUACCGGGAUUGUUUUAUUAACAAGCCAGUCUGUGUCCACCGAAAUGGUACGAUAGCGUCUGGAAGGAUUGGGGGAAAGUGACAAGCUAAGUGGGGAGGGGGGUUCAGUCUGGGCUGUUUUUUUCCUUCAGAUGAGGCUGGAUUGUUACCAGUCAGACAUGAGGUGGAUGUAGUUUGUUUUUUUACGCAUCAAUUUGAGCUGGAUCACUGUCUUGGUGAUCUGUGCUGCCUUCACGGACUGUGACAAUGCGGAUUGUAUGAGAAGUGUUAUUUUCUGGUGUGACUGACAACCAGAGGGUGUUGUUUUUUUAACCCAGCGUGAACACAAACCCACUUAUUUAUUUCCUCUUGGACGACGAAGCGCACUCAGGGACGAAAAUGUCUUUACGCACGGCACUGCCUGGGAACGAGCGGAACCCGGACCAUCAUACCUCCCUGUCGGCCAGCCGCUCAGAGAAGGGUUCUGGCUGGUCGAGCCGUUCGCUUGGUGCCCGAUGUCGUAACUCCAUCGCCUUGUGUUCGGAUGAGCAGCCACACAUCGGAAACUACCGGCUGCUCAAAACUAUCGGCAAGGGCAACUUUGCCAAGGUCAAACUGGCACGACACAUACUGACCGGCAGAGAGGUGGCAAUUAAGAUAAUCGAUAAAACACAACUCAACCCAACCAGCCUUCAGAAGCUGUUUCGAGAGGUACGCAUCAUGAAAUCUUUAAACCAUCCCAACAUAGUGAAGUUGUUCGAGGUGAUUGAGACUGAGAAGACUCUUUACCUGGUGAUGGAAUAUGCCAGCGGAGGCGAAGUGUUCGACUACCUCGUGGCCCACGGCAGAAUGAAGGAAAAAGAGGCCAGAGCCAAAUUCAGACAGAUUGUGUCGGCGGUGCACUACUGUCAUCUGAAGAACAUCGUUCACAGAGACUUGAAGGCGGAGAACUUGCUACUAGACGCUGACUCUAACAUCAAAAUAGCCGACUUUGGCUUCAGCAAUGAGUUCACUGCUGGCAGUAAACUGGACACAUUCUGCGGCUCCCCACCCUACGCCGCUCCAGAGCUCUUCCAGGGGAAGAAGUAUGACGGUCCAGAGGUAGACAUCUGGAGCCUGGGGGUCAUCUUGUACACACUGGUCAGCGGGUCCUUGCCCUUUGAUGGACAGAACCUAAAGGAGCUGCGGGAGCGUGUUUUGAGGGGAAAAUAUCGUGUGCCCUUCUACAUGUCAACAGACUGCGAGGGAAUCCUGCGUCGCUUCCUGGUCCUCAACCCUGCCAAACGCUGCUCGCUGGAGCAAAUAAUGAAAGAUAAAUGGAUUAACAUCGGCUAUGAUGGCGAUGAGCUGAAGCCCCACACGGAGCCACAGGAGGACUUAGAAAAUACCAGCCGCAUUGAUGUGAUGGUUGGGAUGGGCUUCACCAGAGAUGAGAUCAGAGAGUCACUGAUUAGUCAGAAGUACAAUGAGGUCACCGCCACAUACCUGCUGCUGGGACGCAAGAAUGACACGGAGGCCACUGAGUCUCGGUCGGGCAGCAGUCUGAGUCUAGCUCGAGUCCGAUCCAGUGCCAUCACCAACGGAACCAGCAAACACACCACUUCCUCCUCUGGAGCAACUUCUUCAUCCUCUGGCCACAAGGCACAGCGCAGUGCCUCCACUUACCACCGCCAGAGACGACACUCUGACUUCUGUGGUCCAGGAAUUCCAGGGUCAACACACCCGAAACGGAGUCCCAGUGGUGUAGGCGAAGGUGCAGGGCUUAAGGAGGAGCGGCUGACAAGCCGCAAACCAAGCACCAGUACUGUUGGUUCCCGUAGCAUCCCGACCCCCUCCAGUCCCAUGGUUAGCUCUGCUCACAACCCAAAUAAGGCUGAGAUACCAGACCGCCGCAAGGAAGUCAACACAACCACAAAUAACAUCCCUGCCAGUGCCAUGACUCGAAGAAACACGUACGUGUGUACAGACCGAUCCAGCACUGAUAGACACACACUGCUGCAAAAUGGGAAGGAAAACAGUUCCUUAUCCCACCGCCUGCCCCCCGCCUCACCCUCAACCCACAGCAUCGCCGGAGCCUCUGGGACCUCUUCCUCAUCCUCCACACCCUCCUCCCGCCUCUCCAGGGGAUCCACAGUGCGGAGCACCUUCCAUGGAGGGCAGAUUAGAGACCGACGCCCUCCUUCGCAUGCUCCCCCAGCUUCCCUGACUCCGUCCCAUGAUGCCAGCCCGCUGCCCCAUGCCAGGACCCGGGCCACGACCAACCUGCUCAGCAAACUCACCUCCAAGUUGACUCGCAGGGUCACAGACGAACCUGAGAGAAUCAGCAGAUCUCCGGUCACAAGUCGCCAUCUAUCUGGGCAUCAGAAAGCGGCCGAGCCCCGGACCCCCCGAUGCGGAUGGGAUGUGAGAGUGCGGAGCCCCCGCGACCCGGCCGAGGUGGUGCUAGCACUGCGUGAGGCGGCGCAGGGCUGCGGCUGCCAGGUCCACCUGGCCGGGCCUUUCCUCCUGUCCUGCACCCACGGAGCAGCCGGCGCCCGCGUGGCCUUUGAGGCCGAGGUCUGCCAGCUGCCCAGCGGGCUGGGCCAGAGCAGCGGUGUGAGGUUCAAACGCCUGUGGGGGGCACCGUUAGCCUUUAGAGACAUCGCCACCAAAGUGUCCAAGGAGCUGGAGCUCUGAGGGCGACCGGAGGCGGGGCAGAUCGAAUAACAGACAGGACAGGCUGAAGAAUGAGGAGGGAUGAGGAAGAGGAGAAAGAAACCAUCUCCUCCUCCUCCUCCUCCCUGGGCUCCACCUCAUCUGAUGCAUCUAGCGAUGCCUUGCCUCCGCUAAAGACCCUCCUCUCCUGAUGCCACCAAUCACAGCCAGACAAACGGAUGCACAGACACGGAUAGACCGCCAUUGGCAGACAAUGACCCUUGACCUUGGAGCUGUCAGUGACCUACGACCCCUGCUUGAAACACACCACCACCUCCAUAUUAUGUGAGCCCAUGGGUCAGGUUGUUUUUUUUUUCAUGUUUGAUGAUGAUGAGAAUGAUGUUGCUGAGAAUGAUGGAGAUUGAUGAUUUGUUGACGUUGUUUUUCCUAUUGUAUCAUAUUUGUUGUCAUCAUUCCUUUUUAAAGAGCUGCUAUUUAAAGAAACGUUUGUAA